CUUUAACACUACAUGUCAUGAACAACAUCGCGUUUGAUGAAAGUGUUCCUCAAAAAGGUUUUAACGAUGGAUUGGAAUCACCUUUACAACAAGAAACAGCUAUUCCAGCACCAAAACGUACAAGGAACAAUUCUAUGAUACCACCACAACUAUUAAAUGAUAUUGGAGGGGGAGGUCGAGAACGUGCUGCUCUUGCUACUGUCUUCGGUGUACUUGAAUAUAGUGAAUCAAAGAUAUUUUGGGAACGGCAAUCAGAUGAAUUACAAUACAAUCUCAAUACCAACUCAACAGAACUCGAUACUCAAAAUGAAUCAAACUUAGUCAAUAGCUCACCGGGUCAACUAGUAUCAUCAUUGUCAACGCCUAUACCAUCAUCAUCUCUCUCACAACAACCAUUCACCUUGUUACCAGAUAUUCCAACCGUCAGUCGAUUCAAUGACAUCCUGAUAGAAGAUGAAAAUGGUAGCGAUCUCAUGUUCCCUGCCAAUGCUUCGUCUGUUUUACUUCAUUCUUCCAUGAGACCUUUGCUUGAUCGAUCUAUAUCCAAUUCAUCAGUUCAUACUACAUUUACUCUCCAUUCUACUAUGGCUGGUCAAAAGAAUACUCUAGAUGAAAUGCAAGUCAUUGAUUCACUACAACAAGAACAAGUAUCUGCUCCUUUGCUAUUUAUUGGAUAUCCUCCUGCUGUAUUUGAUCUUUUAAAACCUGAUGAUGAUGAUCGUAUUAUUAUUUGGGGUCCUGAUCCAAAAGUUGUAUCUGCAUCUAUGGCAACUACUACUUCUUCCAGCUCAACAAAGAAUAUGGAACCUCCAAUUCAUAUGUCAAAUGAUCGACCUCUCAUGCGCGGAUUCUCUUCAAAUACUACCACCAGUGUAAUCAAUUCUACAACAUCACAACAGGAACAGAAUCGAUCUAGAUUAUUAUCAGGAAAAUUGACAGGCGGAUUACGGAAAACUCUACGUUCCCAUUCACUCAUACAUCGUUCUUCAACUGAUAAUCUCAAAAAUAUCUUACUAUUGAAACGAACUUUUGGAAACAGCAAACUUAGACAGCAACAUCGUCUAUCAAAUUCAACAACAAUUACAAAACCUCAAGUAACCAAAGUCAUUGAAGCUGCCUCUGUUGAAAAACUUGUGGAGAAAUUGACAAAUACUUUAGAUUACGAGUUCAUGACUGACUUCUUUCUCACUUACCGAAGUUUUAUUUCCCCUACUCAACUGUGCAAAUUGCUUAUUCUACGUUUUCGUUGGGCUCUUGAAAAUGAUGAUGAAGAACGAAGAAUUGUUCGAAUUAGAACAUUUGUGGUGAUGCGACACUGGCUUUUGAACUAUUUUGUUCAUGACUUUAUUCCAAUCCGUGAUCUUCGUGUGGUAUUGACGACUUUUUUGAAUGCAUUACCUUCUCAUCCUUUAGUCAAAUCCUCUCCUCGUGAUCAACGCAUUGUCAAGGGUCUCAAACGUGUGGUACGACGUCUCAAAAAGGUGUAUUAUAAUGGUACUAAUUCUCAACGAGUUCAAGUAAUUGCUCCUCCUCCUCCUUCAUCUGAUCAAGAACGUGUAGAAGAAAUGGUACGGGCAAACUUGGCUCAUGGUCUGCUUAGACGAAAAACUGCCCUUGUACGUGGUGUGGACGUGGGUGGAAAUUAUAAUGGUAAUAUGGCGGUACAAGAUGCUAGACGGGCUCCAAUGGUAGUGAUUGGCAAUGUACGUAACAAGACAGACUUUCAACAACAACAACAACAACAACAACAACAACAACAACAAAAUGACUCUCCUUUAGCACCUAGUGAUAUGUCUAUGACAAGUUCAAGGAAUACCCCUUCGAUGGAUACGAUGACUCGUUCUUUCCAUAUCAAAAAUAACCAGAACGAUGAAGUGAUCACUGCAAAGCAAUCUUAUUUUCAACGUAUGGAACAAGAACGAAAAGCAAAUACUUUUUCUUCUACUCAAGAUUUACCUGGAUCUGCUGUAUCUGAAGCAAGUGUGGCAUCUGAUGAUUCUUUGGAAAGUGCUCUCAGUCCUGGCACGACCGAAAUUGCAAGUGAUGACGAUUAUUUUGAUGAAGAACACUGUGCUUCCAAUGAGAUCAAACCUAUUGGCGAUGAUGACGACAAACAAUUCCCUCCAUUAUCUGAUCUAUAUGUUUCUGAUUCUCGUAUAUCCUUCCAACGUACUUUAUCUUCUGGCUCGGAACUCGUUACUCCUUCCCCAUCAACGGACGCUAUCAAAAACAUAGAGAACGCAGCACCUAUGGAUGAUAAUCAACAACGAUCUCAAACAACAGCCGUUACACCUACAACUCAAAACGACUCGGAAAAAGAAAAUCGUUCAGCAGUACUGGCAACUUUGGAAAGAAUGGAUGGACCUUUGAAGAAAGCAGCUAUUGGUGACACUUCUUCUCGUAUCCGACGUGUUCCCUCAAACAAAUGGUGUCGAGUAUCGCCUGAUGACGACGGUUUAUAUCAACGUUCUCCUAGUAUUGCUACUCAACCAUUUCCUGAAGAACUGGUUCGUCAAUUGGAUAUUACUGAAAAAGCGAUGAAUUUUGAUGGAAACUCGACAAAGGCAUCGACUCAUAAAUCAACUCAUACGAAUAACGUGGACAAUCAUGACGCAAUAUUGACACCAACACAUAAAUCUACAACUGGAUUGUCAAGACAUUUAUCCCGAAAAAGCAUUGAACGACGGAAAAGCGAAAAAAAUCUGCGUGAACUUGCUUCUGCCGAUACCAACAACACUAUUUUACGAAAAUCAGCAUCAACUCCAUCUUCUCCCAACCAUCGUCCUAUUAUGGAAAAAUCCGCCAUACCUGAAUUACCUCCGUUACCUGUCACGAUACCUGAUUCAACCACUACAAGCGCCAGUUUUAUUCAACAAUUAAAACAGCAGAAAAAUUUCACCAACAACAAACCAACAGAUACUCCAUCCUUAUCACCAUCAAGAUCUCCUGAUCACCAAAAUGGAACGACAAGUUUGGAUGAUGAUUUCGAAGCCAUCCCUUAUGAUCAAACUGUUUCCCUGGCAGAUAUGGAAAAGACAUCUACUACACCAACCUCUGUAUCUCAUCGACGUAAACUAUCAAAGAAAUUUAAAAUAACGCCAUCAAAAAGUACUCCAGUAACAUCAUCAUCAUCAUCAUCAUCGGCAAAAAUACUUGUGGAAGAAAACAUCAAACCUCUUUCUCUAUCUCCAGUACCAUCCAUUCCAACACCAACAACAUCAUCAACAGAAUCAACGACUCCAUUAAAACGUACAACGCCAAUAUCUUCACCGACACCAAGCAGUAGACUUGUCAGCAGGAUUGCACAAGAACUUCGUGAAAGUCAAAAUGAUUUUGAAAUUCAAUGUGAUUGUAUGCGAUGUACUGGAACAACGUCAGGGCCAAGGGCUUGUAGACGAUUCAGUUUGGCUUUACUUACGGACGAUGAAAAAAGACAUAGUUUAGAACUACGACGACGACGUGGUGCAAGCAUUGACAAAGGUUCCAACAAACAAUCCUUAUGGUUUGGGUCUGAGCAACUUCUCUCGACGAUGACAAGAGAUGAUGAAAAAGAUCGGAUUACUGAUUUGCACCAUCGACCUCAUACAGCACAAAGUGGACCAAUGUAUCUUGGACAACUUAACAUAGGUUAUUCUCACUCUAACUCUGAUCUUGGCAUGCAUAUUGAAGAAAUAGACGAAGGUGAUGCUGAUGGCAAUGGUGACUCCUCCAGUUCAAGUUCUUCUUGUUCCUUAUCUAAUAAAAAAAACAAUCGCGUUGGCAAACGGUACAAUCAGCGACGUCAUUCUUUGGAAUCAACUAUAUCGGAUUUACCUCGACGAUCAUCAGCUUCUGUUAUUCCACCAUGGCAUUCAACUCCAAUGACAGAUGGAACGACAAUGAUGGAUGAUUCUACUACCAUGAAUGGGACGAUGCAAUACACAACACCACGAUCAAACGGCAGUUUUAUUCUCUCUUAUCGCUCUGGGAAAAUGGCGCAACAAUUAUGUUUUAUUGAACGGGACGUAUUACUUGGUGUUGAUUGGGAAGAAAUGGUACACUGUCGAUGGACUAAGAUGGCAACGAAUACAACAACUAUGGAAACAGGAACAAGGAAUAGUCAACAAGGUGAUGAAGAAGGUAAUUCAUAUAUAUCUGACGCUCAACAGGUCAAUUACACCCGGCAAAUCCGACAAAUGCAACUCGCCAGACAAGAUGGUUAUGGAGGUAUUGAACAAGUUAUUGAACGAUUCAACACAGUAUGUCAAUGGGUGGCUUCUGAAAUUGUAUCCGUACCAAAAAUGGAUUUACGUGUCAAAGUUAUCGAGAAGUUUAUUCGAUUGGCUCAGAAAUGUCGUAUGUAUUCGAAUUUUGCAACCUUGGUACAAAUUCUUCUUGGAUUACAAUCACCAUCUGUAUCAAGACUGAAGAAAACUUGGGCACGUGUAGGGGCUAGCGAAAUGCGAUUAUUGGAUGAAUUAUCACAAUUCACAUCACCCAUGCGAAACUGGAAACAUAUUCGGGAUAAUAUGACAAUGGUUGCUGAAGAAUACGGUAUGUCACCAACGGAAGUGCAAGUGGAAAUGCCUGGUACCAGUACUGGACAAAAGGGAUUCAAGCGCACCAAAGUUAAAAUUCCAUUUGGGGGAUGUAUUCCUUUUCUUGGGAUUUAUUUAUCUGAUCUAGUCUUCAACUCGGAACAACCUGCUUAUUUGGAACCCAAUCAUGCUCAUCACAAGAUUUACAAGGAACAAACAGCAGCUACGCAAGCGAAUCUCUCACCUGUAUUGAAACAACCUUUGGUCAACUUUCGAAAACAUCGUAUUACUGCCACUGUCAUCAAACGGGUCCUCACCUUCCAAAACUUAGCUCGCCGCUACGCUUUUGAUUUGGAUGAAGAAAUAUAUGAACGAUGCCUGUUACUUGAUCCUUUGGAUGCUGAUACUGUUCGCCGCCUUAGUCAUACCAUAGAAUAGUUUGAUUUUUUUUUUAUAUAUAUACACAUUGUCUAUACCCUUCUCUUUUAUAUAUCAAAAAUAAAAAAUUUUAUAUCGAAUUGUCUUUU